AUGAAAGAGUACAUGAUGGCAAAGCUUACUGAGAAAUGUGAAAGGUACCUCAUUGGUCUUUUGGGCUCCCCCGAUUAUUACAGUAGUGCAUGUGUGUGUAAAUAUGGCGAGCGUGGCUAUGCGAAAAAGGGAAAUUGCUUAGAGCUUUUAGUCAUCGCCCAAACCUAUGGAAUCAAUAGGUUGGAAUGCGAAUGCGUCGAGUGGGCAAAGGAUAUCCAAUUCUCGGAGGUGAAGAAAGACAACAACUUCGACAAAAUCAGUGCUGCUAACUAUCGGCAGAUUGUUGAGGGUAUGUUACAAGGUCAGCCUUUCUAA